AUGCAGGCUCGACCAAGUUCUGCACCUCCCACAGCAACACAAACACCAAUUAUAUUUCGGGCUCCUGCUCCUCCUCCUCCUCCUUCUCUUGCUCCUGUUGGCACAUAUACACCGACAGCCCCUCGACUUACUCCUGCUGCUGGUCCCCCAGUUUAUUCAUAUGCAGAUGCCUAUGGCCAAGCAUCAUCAAACCUUCUCGGAAGAAGUAAUUUAGAGAGUACGAUUCAACAGAUUUUUGAUAAAGGUAGAGGAAGUUGGGAUCGAGACACUGUUAUUUGUGCUCUACUCGCUGCAUUUAACAAUCCUGAAAGAGCAGUUGAAUAUCUAUAUUCUGGAUUUCCAAAUAUCGUCGGUCCAAAUGCAAGUGCCGGACCCUUGGCUUUCCUACGCAACAGCCAACAGUUCCAAGAAUUGCGAGCUAGGGUGCAAAUGAACCCACAGAUCUUGCAGCCUACGCUUCAAGAGCUUGGCAGGCAGAAUCCGCAUAUGAUGCAACUCAUUCAAGAGAAUCAGGCAGAUUUCUUACGACUGAUAAAUGAACCUGUUGUUGAGGGAGAAGGCAAUAUAUUGGGUCAAUUGGCAUCAGCAAUGCCACCGGCAGUGACAGUCACCCCUGAGGAGCGAGAGGCAAUUGAACGCCUUGAAGCUACGGGUUUUGAUCGUGCUAUAGUAUUGGAGGUGUUCUUUGCUUGCAACAAGAAUGAAGAACUGGCAGCCAACUAUCUGUUAGAUCACAUGCACGAGUUUGAGGAAUGAUCAAAGCGUCUUACCUGAUUUUUCUUGGCUUUUCCUCUAGUUUCCUUGUCUUGUUUCUUGACUUUCUCCUCUUUGAUCAACUCGGGUGAAUUUAGCUAUAUCAUUCCCCCCUGUUAUCCCAGCAUUCUGUCUUGUGGAGUUUGGAGCAGAUUG